AUGUUUGAGUGCAGUGAAUGUGGAGUUUCAUUCAAGAAAUUCAAGUCUCUAUUUAUUCAUAAAGAACAGUGUAGUUUAUUGAAAUGUUCAAAAUGUAAGACAAGGUUUAAAGAUAAAGAAAUGUUCAUUGACCAUGUUAUCAAAUGUAAAACAGUAGUCUCUUCCCUUGGUGACGUAGCUACUUUUCGAUUACAUAAAUCAGCUUAUAAAGGUGUCCUUGAAAUUUAUGUUAAACUUGGUUCAUGGUCAUCUCUAGAGAACCUGUUUACAGCUGAAAGGCAAAACAUAAUUAAUCUCAUCAGCCAUGUAAUUGGAAAAAUUGGAUCAAUUAAAACUCAAGUUUGUGUUCUAAUCAAGUUUAUUAAACAAAAACCAGAUGGCGAUACGGAUUCUACUGAAAUUUAUAAAAUUUCUCAAAGUGAACCUUUAACUCAUUCUUCACAAAUUGAAAAAAUGAUAACUAAAUGUAUAGAAAACCUUGAAUUGGUGGUUGAUCAGUUCACACAACGUGGAAGUGGAUGGGUACUUCAGACAGUCAAGAUGUUGGAAAUUAGAGUAGGUAAGCUAAAAGAAAAUAGUGGUGGUUGUUCAAGUGUUAAAUUACCACUAAACUUGAUCCGUAAAAGGAGCUUGGUAUCGCCAGUUUGUAAGUCUCAUUGCUUCAAGUGGGCCGUUCUCAUAGCUCUUCAUCCUCAGGCAACACAUAGACAAAGAGUCUCUAAAUAUAAAAAAUUUGAAAAAUGGUACAAGUUUAGAGAUAUUGAUCCAAUUACACCCUUCUCUCAAAUCAAUCGUUUUGAGAAGCGGAACAAUGUUUCUAUCAAUGUAUACACACUGACUUUGUGUAAGAAACCCAAAGUUGUUCCUUUGAAAAUCAACAAAGAUAGAAAGACAAGUCACAUUAACCUGUUUCUCUUCAAUGAUCAUUACUUUCACAUCACUAACUUUAACGGAUUCAUGAUGAACAACAAGUCAUGGGAAAGAUUCUUUUGUUAUUCUUGUCUUUCUGGCUUCAGAGAUCAGUCCUCACUAACCAGGCAUGAAAGCUUUUGUGGUGACAAUUCAGCUCAAAGAACCAUUCUUCCAGGUACAGAAAAUGUUCCAAAAACAUGUGAGUUUACUCGUGCGGAAAAGUCAAUUUCUUAUCCAUAUGUUAUUUACGCUGACUUUGAAGCCUUGGUGAUAAAGAGUGAAAAUGCAUUAGGUGCCAGCACAUUUGAAUACCAAAAGCAUGAAGCUUGUUCAUUUGGCUGGGUUGUUGUUGAUUGGACAGGUAAAAUUCUGUUCAAUAAAUUCUAUCGAGGUGAUGACGCAGCAGAGAAUUUCAUCAGAAGCCUUUACAAUGUACAAGCGUCCAUCAACCUUGAUCUAAUGAGGAGAAUAAAGCCACCAAUUCUAACAUCAGAAGAAAGAAUCAUUUAUGAACUUGCUGACAUUUGUCAUGUUUGUUUACAGCCACUUUUCCAAGACAAAGUUUUAGAUCAUUGUCAUCUAACUGGUAAGCUCCGUGGAGCAGCUCAUAAUCUGUGUAAUCUGAAACUUAGAUUACCAAAUCGAAUACCAGUCAUCUUUCAUAACUUGAAAGGCUAUGAUGCUCAUUUAAUUAUGAAAGGAAUCAAGUCAAAUCAAGUGAAAAAGAUUUCUGUAAUCCCACAGAAUAGUGAAAAGUAUAUUGCCUUUUUCAUGGAUGAUUUCAUUUUUCUAGAUAGUCUCGCUUUUCUUCUAUCCAGCCUUGAUACAUUAGCAAACAAUUUACCAGAUGAAGAUAAAACGAAAUAUUUAUCACAAAUGUUCAAUAGCUCGGAUAUACCUCUACUUUUAUCAAAAGGGUGUUUACCUUAUGAGUAUAUGGACUCUUGGAGUAAAUUUGAUGAUGUCAAUUUACCUUCAAUUGAUAAAUUUUAUUCACAUCUAUGUCGAAAAACAAUAGAUGAAUCAACAUAUUCAAAUUUACAAAGGAUAUGGAAUCAUUUCAAUUGUCAAAACCUUGGCGAUUUUCAUGACAUUUACUUGAAAGUUGAUGUCUUACUUUUAGCGGCAAUAUUUGAAAACUUUAGAUUCACAAGUUUGAAACAAUUUGGCCUUGAUCCUUGUCAUUAUUUCUCUACACCAGGUCUCACUUGGGACGCUGCUCUCAAAGCAACAAAAACUUGA